GUUUCCCGCGGAAGGCCGUUGCGUGCAUGUAUCGCGCGCUUGGGUUCGCUUGCAUUUAGGCAGUGCGUGGUUUUCGAGGCUAGUCCUUUUCUAAAUGACAAAAAUGUGAUAUUUUCUUCGUAAUGCGUUAAGGUAUUGAUUUGCUGUCCCCCCCGGUUUUGUGUACAGGAGGUUAUAUUGUUUAAACGCUCCAACCAAGCAGUUUAUAAUGUAUUACUUAUAAAAUAACGGACUCGUGACCCGAGCCUGGACUGAGGAGGCUAGUAGCUGCGUUAGGAAACGUAAACCAGGUGAGGCAGUGGUGAUGGCUAGUUCUCCUGUGGCAGAAGACCCUGAAGAGGAGGUGCAGUUUGUCUCAGAGGGUCCUCUCAGGCCAGUGCUGGAAUGCAUCGACUUACUGAGCGAUGUCGAAGAUGAAGAUCGCAAGACAGUUCCUGAGACGAUUGAAGAGCAGAUUGACCGGCAGAAAGCCCAGGUUGCGUCCACGUUGGAUAGACUGGCCCGCCAAGUUGCAGUUAAGAAACAAGAGAGAGCGGAAAAGUGCAAAGCCUUUAAGGAGAAGAUAAUCUCUCAGCAAGCCCAUGGUCGUCAGGAGUUGGCCUUCAGCCGCAGCAACGGCGAUAAUUACGACGCCAAGCGUUGUGUGGACAUCUGGUUAAAAAUGCCAGGACUAAAGCCAGGUGUCCUCAACUCUGGAGCCAAAUGGGGAAGACGCCGACCUUCUCCGCACCCUAUUCCCCAAGAUAAGGCGCAUACCUGUCCCGUCAUCAACUGCGGCCGAGUUUACGACAGCGUUCCUCUCCUGGAGGGCCACUUGAAAAGAUUUGAUCACUCGCCCUGUGACCCCACCGUUCUCCUAAGAGGGAGUCCGUCCGCACUGUACGCCUGCGUGGCUUGCUGCAGGCACUUUGACACCAAAGAGGCAUGGAGAGUUCACCUUAGGUCCAAGACAUCCUCCCCCAGUGCAGACGGGCACACCAGUACCCUGACCUGCCAGAUGAUCCUGUGCUUCGCCUGUCCGGCCUGCUACCUCCUCUUCAACAUCCGAGACGAGUGUCUCCAGCACAUGGCUGCCAAGAAUCACUUUGUUCACUCCAUAAGAGACGGUUUCAAUGACACAAAUGCUACAGCCACCCCAAUUCCUAUACCACGGUACGCCAAGAACCGUCUCAUUGCGCUUUGCAAGGAGGUGGCCUUUCGGGUCCGAUGCACCUUGUGCAAGAAGGUGCUGGGUUCGCACAUGGAAGCACGGGCACACUUCAAUGUGCACUGCAGGCAGGGAGGUGCCAUCGCGGAGUCGGACCGAACCGUGGCGGAGAUUAUGAAAGAGCUGCAAGCGCAGGGCCAUUGCAGCCAGUGCCAGGAGAUUUUCUGCGAUCAAGGUCAAAUCGAGAGACAUAAACAGUUGACGGAACAUGAGGUGGAGGUCAUCAGCACCGUAGAGAAGUCCGUACUGCACUACUGCAACUACUACGAAAGUCUUCGGUCGCAGAAGUCGAUGACAUCACGGUCGGAACGUGUGAAUCCUGAAAGUGCACUGAAGAAGGAGAAAGAUGCGGAGGACUUCAACAACUGGUCUCCAGCUAAGCGACGGAAGCUGUCCCUGAAGGAAGAGCCUGGAGCUGAGGGUACGGUAGCAUGGUUCUGCGAGUGUGGCCUGCGCUUCUCCGAGGAGUCGUCCGCCAGUAAGCACCUCAUGGCAGCCAAUCAGAUAUUCCUCAAGUGUGGGGUUUGCGGCAAACAGAUGGGCGAAUCCUCCAUCGCUCGGUUGCACAUGAGCCGCUUCCACGGCGGUGCCCACCUCUCCAACUUCUUCUUCUGGUGCCAUCGCUGCAGGGUGGAAAUGCCGCGACAGAGAGACAUUCUGUCACACAUCAGUGACGCGCACCGCGGACACACCUUCUACAAGGAGCAGGAGGUAAUGGAGCAGGAAGAGAAGGAGGAGGAUGAGCCGUCAUCCUCCAGCAUGCCCAGCUCUUCUGCCGAAUCGCGUAAAUCUGGGGCGCCGAGGAUCCUACCUACCACACCGUCCGAGAAGUGGCUCUGCCGCAUGUGCGAGGACCUCUUUGAGUCCCAGGCGGCUGUGAAGAAGCACUGCCGGGACGUGAGCAGCCACAGCUUCCAGAGGUUCCUCUGCGGCCACUGCCCUCAGAGGUUCUUCAAAGAGGCGACGGUGCGGCGCCACUGCAGUAACGAGCACGGCGGACGGGUCAGCGUGCGCUACUUCUGCGGGCUCUGCGACAGCAUGCAGUAUGACUCGGAAGCCGAGUUCCUGGAGCACUACCGCAGCCUGCACAGCGAGGACUACUGCUGCGUGGAGGACGCCUCCGCGAGUCCCGCUCCGGGCCCUUCAGCCACGGAGACAAAGAGCGCGAGCCGGCAGUGUGCCUGCAUGGGGAGGGAGAUGAACAAGGCAGAGAGGAACUCCGUCUUCACCCGCUGCAUGAAGCGACUUGCUGGCGAAGGCCUCUGCUCCUACACGUGUUCGGUGUGCGGGGUACCAUCCUCUUCAUACAGACAGGUGAAAGUCCACAUGCAGGUGGCUCACGGUGCCUCAAAGCAGGAGAAAACCUUCGAAGUUGUGUGUGGCUCCUGUCUGGAGAGUUACGCCGACGUACCCGGGUUCCACACCCACUACCACUCCCAGCAUUGCUCCGUGGAACCCUGUUUGAGCAGCAGGACGGCCGGAGGAAAGGCGGUCGCCACGGCAACAGCUCCGUUGACACUGGAUGCUGAGGAGAUUUCUUCAGAAGCGAAUGCAGAGGAAUUUGAAGAUGUCAAACAUGCCAUUGCCUUAAGUUCCGAGGAAGCGAAAAAGGCGACGGAAGUCGACAGAGACACAUUUGAAGAAGAUUUGAAGUGUGCCUUGGCUUUGAGUGCAGAGGAAGCAAGGGCCAGAACCGAAUUUGAUAGAGAGAUGGAAGAAGCCCUCAAACGAAGCCUCCAGGAAUUUUAAACUGGAAAAAUGAGUCAGGGAAGUGGUCUUGUUUCAUUUUGUACCCCCGUCCCCCCCCCCAGGAAAAGUUGUAAAAUAGCAAUGUAAUGCAAAAAAAUUU